AUGAAAACCCCGUACAAAAGAUUUGUGGAGACUGGCCGCGUCGCCAAGUGCGCUGUGGGAAAGUUCAAGGGACGUCUAGUAUGCAUCGUCAACGUGAUUGAUCAGAAUCGGGUGCUGAUCGAUGGACCAACCAGCGGUGUGCCUCGGCAACAGUACCCCGUCAACCACCUGCAUUUGACGAAAUUCCGCGUGCGCUUCCCGUACACCGCCAAGACACGCACCGUACGUCUUGCUUUGGAGAAAUCAAAGGUUAAGGAGAAGUUCGAUGAGUCCAUCUGGAAGGAACGCGCUGUUGCAAAAUACAGGCGCUUCAACAUGACCGACUUUGAUCGCUUCAAGCUUCGCCUGGCCCGUACCGAGCGCAACAAGCUUGUGACCUCGCAGUACAAGAAGAUGAAGAAGGAGGUCAUCAACAACGGUAUGCUGUUCGGCAAGCCGGUGAAGGGUACGAAACCGCUGCCAAAGCGACGCACCAAGAAGCCGAAGAAGGACCUGAAGAAGGACCCGAAAAAGAAGCCCGCCGCGACCAAGAAGUAAGCGAUACAGUGUACCGUGUACCGUGUGUGUGGUUCCAUCAAACACAGUUGGUGAAAUGUAACAUUAAUGAAAUAACAAAACAACAACUGUUUACACCUUA